CUAAAGCCCAAAAUGGUGAAAGUCGUUCUCGGUCACAGAGUAAUCCAGGUUGCAUGUGGGAGUAGAGACGCACAGACCCUGGCUCUGACCGAUGAAGAUUUGGUAUUUUCCUGGGGUGAUGGUGACUUUGGAAAAUUGGGCCGAGGCGGAAGUGAAGGCUGUAACAUUCCCCAGAACAUUGAGAGACAAUGGACAGGGGGUGUGCCAGAUUGAGUGUGGAGCUCAGUUCUCCCUGGCGCUCACCAAGUCUGGAGUGGUGUGGACAUGGGGAAAGGGGGAUUACUUCAGGUUGGGCCAUGGCUCUGACGUGCACGUGCGGAAACCGCAAGUGGUGGAAGGGCUGAGAGGGAAGAAGAUCGUGCAUGUGGCUGUCGGGGCCCUGCACUGCCUGGCGGUCACGGACUCGGGGCAGGUGUAUGCUUGGGGUGACAAUGACCAUGGCCAGCAGGGCAAUGGCACGACCACGGUUAACAGGAAGCCCACACUCGUGCAAGGCUUAGAAGGCCAGAAGAUCACGCGCGUGGCUUGUGGGUCAUCCCACAGUGUGGCGUGGACAACCGUGGAUGUGGCCACGCCCUCUGUCCACGAGCCCGUCCUCUUCCAGACUGCAAGAGACCCUUUAGGUGCUUCCUAUUUAGGCGUGCCUUCAGAUGCCGAUUCUUCUGCUGCCAGUAAUAAAAUAAGUGGUGCAAGUAAUUCUAAGCCGAAUCGCCCUUCUCUUGCCAAGAUUCUCUUGUCACUGGAUGGAAAUCUGGCCAAACAGCAGGCCUUAUCGCAUAUUCUUACAGCAUUGCAAAUCAUGUAUGCCAGAGAUGCCGUUGUCGGAGCCCUGAUGCCGGCUGCCAUGAUUGUCCCGGAGGAAUGCCCCUCGUUCUCCUCCGCGGCCCCUUCCGACACGUCUGCCAUGGCUAGUCCCAUGAAUGGAGAAGAAUGCAUGCUGGCUGUUGAUAUGGAAGACAGACUGAGUCCAAAUCCAUGGCAAGAAAAGAGAGAGAUUGCUUCCUCUGAGGACGCGGUGACCCCCUCUGCAGUGACUCCAUCGGCCCCCUCAGCCUCCGCUCGGCCAUUUAUCCCAGUGACGGAUGACCUGGGAGCCGCAAGCAUCAUUGCAGAAACCAUGACCAAAACCAAAGAGGAUGUUGAAAGCCAAAAUAAAGCAGCAGGUCUGGAGCCUCAGGCCUUGGAUGAGUUCACCAGUCUGCUGAUUGCGGAUGACACCCGUGUGGUGGUGGACCUGCUCAAGCUGUCGGUGUGCAGCCGGGCCGGGGACAGGGGCAGGGACGUGCUGUCUGCGGUGCUUUCCAGUAUGGGGACUGCCUACCUGCAGGUGCAGAAGGACUCAGGGUGGAAUUUGACCGGCAGUGCUCCACGGAGAGGCGCCAUGACCCUCUCACAAUCAUGGACGGCGUCAACAGGAUCGUCUCCGUGCGGUCAGGUAAGGACAGGAGGUUGAGCCAGGAUUGUCUCCGUGCGGUCAGGUAAGGACAGGAGGUUGAGCCAGGAUUGUCUCUGUGCGGUCAGGUAAGGACAGGAGGUUGAGCCAGGAUUGUCUCUGUGCGGUCAGGUA